GGAAAGCGACCGAUUUGCAUGGGUUGGGGGGGCAACCCCUCCAGCCCGGGCGACUAAAAACGGAAGAUUAUUGACAAAUCCGCCGCCUGGGGUCGGACGCCGAACGUUGGAGUUGACAAACGCGCGCUCCCCGCGCUUCCUGCGCCCGCUUUUGUGUCUGGGGGGCACUGACCGGGGCAGGGGGGCUUUUCCCGGGGAUCCCCGCCAGAGCGCGGGCCGCCCCGCCGAGCGCACGCCGGGCGCGAGCAUGCUGGGGUCCCCCUCCAGGGGCUCUUUUCGCCUCCGAAGCCCGCACCUCCUAAGUAAGCAGUCGGGGCUGGAGAGGGUCGCCGGGGACCUGCCCUCCCCACCCGGCGCUGCCGCUCCCCGCGGGGCUCCGGAACACAGCGCCCGAUUCCGGGGAGAACGUGCGAUAAGAACCCGGAGUGCAGCCCCCCGCGCGCGCCGAGGGACCAUUUCCUUCCGCCGGGGGGUGGGGGGCAGCGCUCCCUCGCGACCCCCGAUCGCCCUCGCGCAGUGUGGUGGGGGGGUGAGGUCUCCGAGGGGGGUCGCCGAGUUAACACCCCCAACUCCGACCCGCUACGGCGGCCUCGUCGGUCCCGAACCCCCAUCCCCGUCCCUGCCCAACUUUGGAGACCCCCUCGCCGGCUUCCCGGGCGCACUGCGCCCACCCAGGGCCGGAACCCGCGGCUUAAAAGGCCGGCCUCCCGCCCCCCCCCGCGCCUCACCGCGCAGGGCCCGCUCGGGGGGCGCAUGCCCUGCGCCUGGCGUCCAGCCCAGCCCCGGCCGCGCCUGGCCUCCGGCCCCGGGCCGCGAGCUGCGCGCUGCUGGCUCCCGGCCGCCGCCGGGUUUGUGCCGCGCGCCGACUCACCGAGCCGCCAGCCGAGUCCGCGUCUACACCCCCAUCCGACCCGAUUGGUGCUCUGUUCUGAAAUGUCUUGAUUCCGUUUAACUGUCCGACCUUGCUGGAAGCUGGAUCUCCAACCCUCUAGGCUGUGCAUGGCACACAGUAGGUGCUCAAUAAAUGUUGGUUGGUUGGUUGAAUGAAUUCAUGCGUUCCCUGUCUCACCCCAUGGGAUUUUUGGUGUCUGUCUACACAGAGGUGGAGGGCAGAUGGAACAAUUCACCAUCUUGAUUUCCAAAAUCAAGGCCAAACAGGCCUGGGACGGGGU